AUGAACGAGCUGGAUAGUCUGAGACAGGAAGCUGAAACACUCAAAAAUGCCAUCCGGGAUGCCAGAAAAGCGGCGGCGGAUACGAACCUGGCAGCGGCCACCGCCACCCUGGAACCGAUCGGACGGGUGCAGAUGCGCACACGCCGAACGCUCCGCGGUCACUUGGCGAAAAUCUACGCGAUGCACUGGGGCUCGGACAGCCGGAAUUUGGUGUCCGCCUCGCAGGAUGGCAAGCUUAUUGUCUGGGACAGUCACACCACCAAUAAGGUUCAUGCGAUACCUCUCAGAUCGUCGUGGGUAAUGACGUGCGCGUACGCGCCCUCAGGGUCCUAUGUAGCUUGCGGUGGAUUAGAUAACAUAUGCUCUAUUUAUAGCCUAAAAACUAGAGAAGGAAAUGUCAGAGUAAGCCGAGAAUUACCUGGGCACACAGGGUACCUAUCCUGCUGCCGUUUCCUCGACGAUAAUCAAAUUGUGACCAGUUCAGGUGAUAUGUCCUGUGCCCUGUGGGACAUUGAGACUGGACAGCAAGUGACCAGUUUUCUAGGACACACCGGAGACGUUAUGUCUUUGUCUUUGGCGCCUGACAUGCGUACAUUUGUCUCAGGUGCCUGUGAUGCGUCCGCAAAACUGUGGGACAUCAGAGAGGGCAUGUGCAAACAAACGUUCCCGGGCCACGAGUCUGACAUAAACGCAGUCACAUUCUUCCCUAACGGUUUUGCUUUUGCGACGGGUAGUGACGACGCAACUUGCCGUUUAUUCGAUAUCAGGGCGGAUCAAGAAUUGGCGAUGUACAGCCACGAUAACAUAAUCUGUGGUAUCACCAGUGUGGCGUUCAGUAAAUCUGGCAGAUUAUUAUUGGCAGGAUAUGACGACUUCAACUGCAAUGUGUGGGAUUCAAUGAAAACGGAACGGGCAGGUAUUCUAGCUGGUCACGACAACAGAGUAAGUUGUCUGGGAGUGACGGAAAACGGAAUGGCCGUAGGCACCGGCUCCUGGGACAGCUUCCUGCGCAUCUGGAACUAA